GCUACAGCAUGCCAUGCGGCCCUAACCACAAGCUAGCUACAGCUGCUAGGUUAUUAGCAAGCUAACGUUAACUAAGUUACCUAGUUUGGUAACGUUAUCUUAAUGUAAGGUUUUUUGAACGCAUUAAGGCUCUGUGUGUUAUAUGGGAACAGAGUUUACUCAACGAAUCAAGUCAUUUGUUUCAGAUCAGCACUCAGCACUGUGUUGCUUGACCAUGACAUGCAGGGCACGGAGGGUUCCGGGAGUUUGGGGGGACUGGAUGUCCGUCGGAGGAUUCCCAUCAAGUUGCUCUCUAAACAGGCAGUGAGGAGCAAACCCGUAACCCGUUCCCAGAGACCCACGGGGAGACAGGGCUCAACCACCCAAGCCGGUGAAGAAGAUGUCCAUAGCUACAAGAAGGAUGAAAGGUUUGAUUGUGGUGCCAAGGCUGGGGACGUUUUUGCUAGUCAACGGCGUUACCCUCAGCCUAUGUACUGGGAUUAUAAGCUGAACCUGCUGGGUGAAAAGGAUGAGACGCCCGUGCAUUUCUGUGACAAGUGUGGGCUUCCCGUCAAGACUUACGGUCGCAUGAUUCCAUGUAAACACGUCUUCUGUUAUGACUGUGCGUUGCUUCAUGAGAAGAAAGGAGACAAGAUGUGUCCAGGCCUGGUCAUCUACAGCUGCACGGACCCGGUGCAGCGGAUCGAGCAGUGCCAGCGCGGCUCUCUAUACAUGUGCAGCGUGGUGCAGGGCUGCAAACGUACCUACCUGUCCCAGCGCGACCUGCAGGCGCACGUUAAUCACCGGCACAUGCGUGCGGGCAAGCCCUCAGGCGGCCGCGCCGACUCCCACCAUCAUCACCCGCCCUCGGAUGUAUCUGACCGCUUCCGUCUCCCACCGCCGCUGCUCCCCAAGCCGCACGUCAUGAUGCCGCCGAGCAUGGGUCACGGCGGGCACGACCCAUACGGGCAGCCGCCGCCACCGACGUCGCACGACGACUUGCGCGGCGGGCCGCCGCCACCAUCGCCAGCAGACCUGGGGCCGUCUCGCUCGAUGACACAGGAGACAUUCCGCAUCGCCACAGUCACCACACGCAAACACAGCAAUCUCAUCACCGUGCCGAUCCAGGAUGACCCCACGGGCCCUGGGUCGGGCCGGGACAACCUCCCCCAGUCAGGCCCCGGACCGUCGCAGCCUGGUCUGCAUCACCCCGGAGACUACGGCAACCAACCAGUCGUGUCCCAUCCGCACCACAUGAUGGCGCCACCCCCACAGUCUCACUACGGCCCUCCCCCACCGCCACCUCCCAUCAACCCCCUCUCCCUGCAGCACCCCCCUCAGGGAUCGGGCACCCCCCACAUGGGAGUGUACAACCAGGCUCCGCCCCCUCCCCUGUCCUCCGCGCCCCCACCCAUCACCCCUCCCCCAGGACACCUCAUGGGUCAGAUGCCACCCUACAUGAGCCACCCCCCUCCCGGGCCGCCCCCGCAGCACGGUGGGCCCCCGGUGUCCGGACCCCCUCCGCACCACUACAACCCCCAGUUCUCAGAGGACCAGGGCACACUCAGCCCUCCCUUUGCCCAGCCGGGGGGACUCAGCCCUGGGAUGUGGCCGCCCACUAGAGGGCCUCCACCUCCCAGGAUGCAGGGACCUCCACCUCAGGGCCAACUGCCCGGCCCCCACCACCCAGACCAGUCGCGAUAUCGGCCCUAUUACCAGUAAAGGCCACCCACCAUCUCUUGCCAGCGUACUCUGUAUGGUAGGAUGUCUCUCAUCCUACUCUUUCCUGUCUGAUUUAAGGAAAGAAGGCACACUGAUUCUAGCCCAACUGUGAUACUUGUGCCGCCUCUGUGGAGCAAAGCUACUAUGGGCUGUUUGCAGCAAUGUCCACUCGUAUCUCUACUUCUUUUAUAAUGCUCUUUUUUUGUUGUUGUUUGAAAAUCGUGUAAAAGAAACAACUUUUAGGGGUUUUUUUUCUUCUUCCAUCUGCAUCAUUUGUCACAGUGGGUGAGGGUAAUGAUGUUCUUAGCCCAUGAAUGUCAAUAGAAGUGCAGGAAAGCCAUGACUGACUUGAGCUUUGCAGGACUGGCAUAUGUUUGUCAUUAUUUUCUGUAUUUUCGCAGUAUUGUUGAUUAAAAAGUCAUUAAUUCUUAACACAAUUGUUGACAUUUAAGGCAUUUUUUUUAGAUGAUUGUGAUCAAAUAAAAAACAAUGACUGCUACAAUAAACCAAGUCAGUUUAACUCCUGGAGACAGAUGAUUACUUUCAUUUGUAAAUCGUUCAUUAAUAUUAAGAGGACCCUUUUAGUUUUGUGUUUUUUUAUUAUUUUUAUUACAGUAGUCCCAUUGAAUUCUAUGUUGUGCCUAUACUUAGGGCACUGAAAGUGAGAUUUGGUUUAUAAGUGUAUCAGGGUUUAGGAAUUACAAUAGUAUAGUGGAUAUACUAAGAACUAGUUCAUUAAUUAUUAUUUUCAUAAGGACUGUUUGUAACAGUCAAGCACAUUCCAUUUUGAGAGUCCUCUGAUCAACAUAUAGCCUAGUAGUUGCACUCAUUCAAUAAGUCAUCCAAAAACAUGUUUUCUGACAGAACUGUUUGCUGUAUUUUAAUUCAAUGUCAUCAGACCAGAUGUCUACAAAAUAAUAAAGCUAGUCAUCAUUA